AUGCCCUAUUCUUCCGCGCUCCGAAGAGGUUUCUUCGCAUCCUACACAUACACCUCCACCAUCAUCACCACCCAGCUUACAAAGGCACACUUUGCAACCAUGGCUCGCACUUUCUUCGUCGGCGGUAACUGGAAGAUGAACGGCUCGCUGGAGUCCACCAAGCAGCUCACCCAGACCCUCACCCAGGCCAAGCUCGACUCCAACGUCGAGGUGGUUGUGGCUCCCCCUGCGCUGCACCUGCUCACCGUCAAGGAGCAGCUUGCUGGCUCCAAGGUGGCCGUGUCGGCGCAGAACGCCUACCACAAGGCGAGCGGCGCCUUCACGGGCGAGGUGUCGGUCAACAUGCUCAAGGACGCCUCGAUCCCCUGGGUCAUCCUCGGCCACUCGGAGCGCCGCACUCUCUUUGGCGAGUCGGAUGCCAACGUUGCCGAGAAGACCGCCGCCGCUCUCGCCGAGGGCCUCUCCGUCAUCCUGUGCAUCGGCGAGACGCUCGAGCAGCGCGAGGCCAACGAGACGGUCAACGUCGUCGUUCGUCAGCUUAACGCCGCCGCUGACCAGGUCAAGGACUGGUCCAAGAUCGUGGUCGCCUACGAGCCCGUCUGGGCCAUCGGCACGGGCAAGGUGGCCACGUCCGAGCAGGCGCAGGAGGUGCACGCCGCCAUCCGCAAGUGGGCCGCCGACAAGCUCGGCAAGGACACGGCUGAGAAGCUCCGCAUCAUCUACGGCGGCUCCGUUGCCGCCAAGAACUGCAAGGAACUCGCCCAGCAGCCCGACAUCGACGGCUUCCUCGUCGGCGGUGCCUCGCUCAAGCCCGAGUUCGUCGACAUUGUCAACGCCAACAACUGA